UUAGAUUCCUAAUGAAACUCAGUCAUGAGACUGUCACGAUAGAAUUAAAAAAUGGUACACAAGUUCAUGGCACAAUUACUGGUGUAGAUGUGGCAAUGAAUACCCAUUUAAAAACAGUUAAAAUGACAAUCAAAAAUCGUGAACCUCAGCAGUUAGAUACGUUAAGUUUGAGAGGCAAUAACAUUAGGUAUUAUAUUUUACCUGAUUCAUUGCCAUUGGAAACUCUACUUAUUGAUGACACUCCAAAAGCUAAAGCAAAAAAGAAGGAAGCUGCAAGAGGCGCAACCAGAGGUCGUGGUCGUGGUGGCCGUGGAGCUCGUGGAGGUCGUGGAGGCCGUGGAAGAGGUCGAGGUCGACGUUAG